AGAAGUUUAUUGCAUGAGAAUAGUGACGAGUUAGCCGGCAACGUCGCGCAGUAACUGGUAAGCAGAGAAUUCGGCAGUCGUCGCUCAACUGUUCUUCUGUAGUUGGUCGUGGUUUGUAGUUUGACGGUGAAGCUCGGAGUGACUGGGAGUAUCGCGUAAUUACUGAAAGGGAGUGAUCGUACGGAUUAAUGUCAGCAACAUCAAAGUCGCUCGCACUAAUAAACGGCACAAUGACAUAUUUGACAACGUCGUCAACACUGAGCGUUCCUAGAACAGACGCGAUUACGACUGCCACGACUGAAAUGAUAAUAACGAUGACGUUACAACGUAUCCGCUUGCCGCGAUAGCGUGUUUCUGCGAAUGGAAGCAGAUUUCGACGUAGAUAUAUUAUAUUCUAAACGAAAACGGAACAAAUAUAUAUACUCUGAAAUUCGAAAAAAAAGUUAACGUCACCAUGCGAAAAGAUACGUACGAAGUGAUACGAGUGCGAUUUGUGCGAUUGUGAGAGGAACGGAUAUAUCUUUGAAUUGGCAGGACGCGAAAGAAAAGCGUGAGAAAGAUCAAGGGGAGACGUACGAAGUGGGCGCCAUUUGGAAGUAACAGUGUCAAAACAUCUCGUGCGAGACUCGUGCGUAAAGCGUGCGUUCGGAACGCUAGUGAAACGAGAGUACAUGGUGUCAUCGACGUAUCAACUGAUCGCCUGUCAAGUGUUCUAGUGUCAAUGGUGAGGGAAUCGAACGGCCUCUAGUGUGUCUCGCGGGCACAACGUGCGCGCACACAGAACGCGUUUUCUCGAUCUAGUGCCGCCUUCGUCCGACCGAUCGACUCGCGAGUCGCGGCACGCGCCCUCGCUCCGCCGUGUUCGCGAGUUCGAUUUCGCCUGUUCACCAGGCAGAGUUUCCACCGACCGCGACACAUGUACGUGUGUACUUAUCCGCGUCACGCGUGAAUGAACGACAGACGAUCCGCCGGCAACGGCUGUCGGUCAUAUACGCGCUCGCGAAGCGGAUCAAAUCGAAUCGAAUCGAAUCGGGGACUGUGCAAAAAAUUUCCGAAUAAUAUGGAGAAUUUUGCAUGUGCGUAGACUAAACGAUUGACCGCGAGGCUCUCCGUGUAUAUUUUUACGGUGGAGAAGAGGAGGAGGAGUAGGAGGAAGAAGAAGAAGAGGAGGAAAAGAAGGAGACGGCGACAAAGAAGGACGAAACGGGAAAGAUUAGGUUAGGCUGAACUCUCGCGUCACUGCGUCUCUCCCCGCUCCCCCUACUGCGGUACUUGAGUGUUCUGUCUCGCUUCGACGUACACAUCCGUCAUUUCCAUCUGAUUUGUGCACGCUUUCGUGGGAUGAAGAUAGCGACACGUAGGAAGAGAGAAAAAAACCUAAAAGAGGAGAGUGAGAGACAACGGUACGCGACUGGGAAAAUUUCCUGGAGAAAAGCGGAAGGAAAAUACAAAUGCCAAUCGUCAGUGGAAUUCCGAUUCUUGGAUCGGCGGCAACUCCGCAAACGGUGGCACGUGCGCCGUAAUUCUGGCCCAGGUGGUAGUGCCCGCGCCGACGAGAAAACGCAAGGCACAGAAGGAGAGAGAGGAAGAGGAAGAGAGACGAACAAUAGAGGAUGCGAGAUGGUAGAGCGAAAUGGAGCCGAGGAGAUCAGCUUGUCAAUGACCAAGAGCAAGAUCUGCUGCGAUAACAACGGCAACGGCAGCGACGGUGGUGGCAGCAAUAUCACUAAUCGUCAUUAUCACGCGCCGUCUCGCUCCCAGCAUCAGUACCACCACCAUCAUCAUCUUUAUCGUCAUCGUAAUCAUCAUUAUCUGUCACAUCGAUCACGGUAUCAUCAGCAAAGGAAUACUGACGAUGAAGACGACAAUAAUAAUAAUAAUAAUAAUAAUAAUAAUAAUAAUAAUGACGACGAGAGCAACGAUGAAGAAGAUAACGACGAUGAGGAUAAUACCAGCGAUGAAAGCAAUGACAAUGACCACGAUGACGACAACGACGAGACAUACGCGCAUCUUCAUCCUCGCCUCCCUCGACUUUACAUACGGCGAUCCUGUCGCGUCGACAACAACGAUGUAGUCAACGUUCCGGUGGACGUUGACUGCGUCAGGGUCCAUGGAACUGAGACAACGACCGUUCAUCCCUUCGUACGAACCUCGUCCACCGCGACUAUCACCGCCAACGCUACUGCCGUCGUUACCGCUACUACCACCAUCACGAACCCCUCUGUCGUCGCUGCCGUCACGAAAAGAUGCAAAAUUCCACCCUACCUCGCGAUCUUACUUCUCUCUUACACACUCUUCGGCAUAGCAGAUGCCUGUUCGUCGCGGUCGACGCCAAAACCGAGACCACCAACACCGACGGAUCGGCCAAAUAUCACAUUCCAUAUGUACACGUGUCCGCCGGAUUAUGCAGAAUGGUAUUGUCUGAAUGGCGCCACGUGUUUCACCGUGAAAAUCGUUGAUUCUCUUUUGUACAAUUGUUUAUGCGCCAAUGGAUAUAUCGGACAAAGAUGUGAAUUUAAAGAUUUAGAUGGUUCCUAUUUACCUUCAAGGCAACGAGUAAUGUUGGAGACAGCCAGCAUUGCCGGCGGUGCCACAAUAGCAGUAUUCCUUGUCGUUAUCAUAUGUAUAGCGGCUUAUAUCCAGUGUAAGCGAAAGCAGAAGGAAUUGCGGUCGAGCAACAACUGCGUCGACACGGUAGAUGGUCCUGGCCGAGAUCCAGAGUUGAGGCCAUUCAGCAGUCGGAGCCGCUCGCUUAUGAUCUUUAUGGCUAAGAAUCCCAACAGUUCGUCGACGAUAGAGCAGACAAGGAUGCCGAAUUGGAACUGUCCUGAAACGGAAUCAAUGCGGAUGGCGUCCAUCAGCGAGAGUAAACGCUCGGACCAAUAACGUACCACACGACGCGCCGCCGUAACGAUACAAGACAGACCGAAGAAACCAUUGUCGAGUACACUGGUCGUAACGGGAAACAGCUGAGGAUAACUCGAGAUAGCAGCGGCCUUUAGUAGCCUUUAAAAUAGCGACCUCGUCAGAAUAAUGCAAUUAUUCGACGAAUAAUUACACACAAAUUUAACGCGCAACGCUAAAAAGAUAAGCCAAGAUUGUCGAAACAAACGGACACAACGACAAUACAGUCUCUUUUCGAUCGUUCCGUCGUUACAUCGAGACAUUCCCGAGUUGUCGUACUUGAAGUUCCCUUCGUCCGCUUCAUCGAAAGGAUUCAACGCUCGCGUUGAUUGUCGCACCUCGUUGAUUUCAUUGAUUGUUUCGAUGAACCAUACGGGAAUUCAAGACUUGUACGAAAAUCUAAAACAGAAAAGAAAGCCUCGCAUCUGAAGAAUUUGUGAUGUACGAGACAUUUCCAUAGAUUCUUCUCGAGAGAUUCACGAUUGUCGAGUAUAUUCGUCUUCGCGUAAACGCAUUAGUUAUAAUAAUAAUAACUGUCAUUGUCUUCGCUCAUUUUCAAAAAUGAGGGGAAGUGCAUCGGUCAUAAAAAAAAAGUAGUGCCUUUCUAACUCUUGUUUGUAAAGAAACAGAAGGUAGCCCGCGCGGUAUUGUGCUCGGUCGAGCAUUAAUAAGGUCGAAUAGAACGUUUAUCUCUCUUAUUUAAAAGGAUAGCGUAUUUGCGACCGGCGUUAUCGAAUUAACGAGUAACCGUGUUACGUAAGCGCAGGACGCUGACACGUACCAAUAACGAGAUCUUGUCAAAAUUAAUCAGCCGCGUAGUAUACUAUAAUAACAAAUGUAAAGAUGCUGAAAGCUUUGAUGCCCGAUGGGUACGACACUCGAGACUCGAAUUCCACGCGUUCGUUGCGCUUCACGAGAAAUCUUCAUUUCUGAUUUAAUUGUCGAUCGAACAAUUAUGUUAUCCCAUGAUAGAUAAACUGUGCGACAGCACUCGCUGCGAAGAUUUCAUACGAAGAUUUGAUCGCGGUUUACUAGUUUGUAUUAGUGCUCUUAGGUUCUUCCAAAGAAUGUUCGUGAAUGCGAUCGAUUGAUCGUACCAUCGGUAUUGAAGAGUCGAUAAACAUAUGUGUCUUACAUAAGAAUUUCUCAGAUUUAAAUCUAGAUUAAAUCCGUCGUCUUACCAGAGAGAGAGAGAGAGAGAGAGAAACGAGAAAGAGAAAGCAAUAGUAAUAAUCUCCUAAGUUAUCUUCCUAAAUAUUUUAUUGGCGAAAUGUAUUCCACUAGAAAUUCCUAACAAAAUACAUUUUACCGAUAAAAGCAAACACACUGUCCAUUUACCAAUCCGUUAGAAAGCCUAUAUUGACGUCAGAUCGCCAUCCGGCGUUAGUACUAUUAUGCAUUGACGAAAUAUUUCCUGAAAACACGCUUCGAGAUAUCGUUUAACUAAAUCUUAGGCAUACAGAUGACGUACUUGUAGUGAUUUAAUUCUUCAUUUCCAUAUCUUUUAUUAAAUGAGCAGUAAAAGAAGAGAGCACAUUAGAGUGUAAAAUGCUAUUAGAAUGUUAAGUACGCUAAAGUGAUAAACGCAAUACGAUUGAUUCUCUACAUUAAUCCUCCGAUUCACGAUAAAGAAAAGCUAGAAUAAUCCAGUUUAUUUGCAAAACAGAUAUAAAAUUUUUGUUUCGCUCAUUUCGUUUCGACAAAAACGAGACUACCAAACGAUACGUGUACACAUGCAUAUAUUAUUCCGCAAGAUAAUUAUCUCGAUCAAUUACCAUCUCUCAUUAAUAAUUGUCAUACAAAUGUCGAAUUGUUUGAAAAAACACCGAGAAAAGUGAAAAGUUGUAUUAAUUAAUCCUAAUUUAUGUCGAUCGCGCAUCCGUUUUUCGUUACUUAUUUAUUAAAUAUAAAAGAUUCGAAUUAUCUCUCUGAUUACAUGUGUAUAAUUGUGACGAGACAUUUAGUUAUCAUUUUCCCUGUGAUAUUUUACACAUAUUGGCUCGAGAACCUCUUGAAUUUUUCCGUACGAUUACUCUGUUUAUAAUCCAUAUGGCAUUAAAAAUUGUACGUUAACAAAACCAUGUAAAAAUAUACAGUGGGAUUAAUAUGUGUAUUUGGAGAUAUUUCUUUUACGAGGCUGGACCUCUUUGUCAGUUUGUCUCAGCUUCUUGUGUAAAUAGUAAAUUAUUCUACAUUAGCCCUAUGUCGUUGAUAGUAUCAAUUAUAAAAACAAAAAAAAUAGAAAAGUAGCUAACAAUAUUUUCGUCGAAUUACAUCGUUGUACCGCAUUCAUUCUGAUACCUCGUUGUAUCGCGGCGCGUUACGCUUCAAAAAGAUCCGAAAUACAUAUUUUUAUAAUUAUAUUAAUCCGUUAAAAACAAAAUACACUUAAUAACGACGGAGAAAGUACCAAAGGACAUCGGAACGACGAUUCAACGACAAUUUGUACAUUUGUAGAUACUCUCGAGUAAAGGGAAAACUUCCAAACGCUUUGUUUCA